AUGGCCGUCGAUCCAGUACCGACCCCGGAGCAGGUCUCCGAGCUCAAGGACAAGUACACCAACGCCGGCCAGGGCCAGGUCUUCACGUUUUACGACUCCCUUUCGAGCGAAGAACAGGCGCAGCUCUACAAGCAGCUCGCCGGUUUCGAUCCCCUCUAUAUUAACAAGAUUGCCGCCAAGGCGCUCACUCCUCAGUCCUCUGAGAGUGAGAAACCCACCCUCGAGCCAUUGCCCGACUCGGCCAGAGCCAGUACCUUGGACUCCGAUAAACAGACUCAGGAUGAGUGGUGGAACCGCGGCCUGCAGCUGAUUGCUGACAACAAGGUCGCUGUUGUCCUCAUGGCGGGCGGUCAGGGCACCCGUCUUGGCAGUUCUGCCCCCAAGGGCUGCUUCGACAUCGGUCUUCCCUCUCACAAGUCUCUUUUCCAGAUCCAAGCCGAAAGAAUCGCAAGACUGCAGGUGCUGGCUUCGCAACGCCGUGAGCAGGCCGGCUCCCCGGUGGUGCCAUGGUACGUCAUGACGUCCGGCCCUACUCGCAAGGCCACCGAGGACUUCUUCAAGACCAACAACUACUUCGGCCUCAGCCCCGACCAGGUUAUCAUCUUUGAGCAGGGUGUGCUUCCCUGCAUUUCCAACGAUGGCAAGAUCCUCCUUGAGAGCAAGUCUAGGGUUGCCGUCGCUCCUGAUGGCAACGGCGGCAUCUACAAUGCUCUCGUUGACGCCAAGGUCCUCGAUGACAUGGCCCGCCGCGGCAUCGAGCACGUCCACGCCUACUGCGUAGACAACUGUCUCGUCAAGGUCGCGGAUCCUGUCUUCAUUGGCUACUGCGCUUCCCAGAACGUCGAUAUUGGUACCAAGGUGGUACGCAAGCGCAACGCGACCGAGCCCGUUGGACUUAUUCUCCUCAAGAAUGGCAAGCCGGACGUCGUCGAGUACAGCGAGAUUGACGACGCAGUUGCUGCCGAGCAGGACCCGGCGCAACCUGGAGUGCUCAGGUUCCGUGCCGCCAACAUUGUCAACCACUACUAUUCGUUCCGCUUCCUCAAGUCGAUUCCCGAGUGGGCGGGCAACCUGCCGCAUCACAUUGCCCGGAAGAAGAUCCCCUAUGCGGAUCUGGAGUCGGGAGACACCGUCAAGCCUGACAAGCCGAACGGCAUCAAGUUGGAGCAGUUCGUUUUCGACGUCUUCCCCUUGAUUGAGCUUUCCAAGUUUGCUUGCAUGGAGGUUAAGCGCGAGGAUGAGUUCAGCCCGCUCAAGAACGCCAGGGGAACGGGUGAGGAUGAUCCGGAUACCAGCAAGCACGAUAUCAUGGCACAGGGACGCAGAUGGUUGGAGGCGGCUGGUGCCAAGUUUGCGGAAGGCGUGGAGGACGGCGUGGAGGUCAGCCCUCUAGUCAGCUACUGCGGCGAAGGCCUCCAAAGCUACGCCGACAGGAAGGUGGUAGCGGUUGACCGCAUUGAAUAG